AGAGUUCUUAAUUUUUUUUUUUAAAGAAAUCAGGAUCUUCAGUGACGACAGAUUUUGGCUCAAUCAUCGUUGAACACCAAAACAUAAAGAUUCUUAAUCAGCCGCAGAAACGGCGGAAAUAAACCCUUUGUCAGAAAAGGAAGAAGAUAACGGGGUACACAAGUAGCAAUCUAAUCAUGUCGUCGCGUGCUCGUGCAUCCAAGACUCCGGCGCAGGCGCGCUUGGCCGAGGUUGUGGCGUCCUACGUCCAGCACCUCAUUCACCUCCAGGCCAACUACGCGGAGUCAGUGCUGGACGGGAACGUGUUCCCGCCACCGAACGACAAAUUCGCUUCUCACGACUUCUUUUGUGCGACUCACACGCCGCCCAUUUCAGUUGAGAAGUACACGGAUCGACUGGUGACGUACAUGCAGUGCUCCCCCGAGGUGUUCAUGUUCGCCCUGGCCUACCUGCGCCGUUUGGUGCUUAACGGCUUUCCGCUGCAUUCUCGCUCUAUCCAUCGACUCCUCCUCACGUCCGUGCUUGUGGCCCUAAAGUGUCGCGAUGACGUGUACUACCACAUGAGCUUCUACGCGGAGGUGGGUGGAGUGACCCCGAAGGAUCUGUGCAUUAUGGAGAUCCGCUUCCUUUCAGACCUGAUCCACUUCCAAGGCGAGGUAUCCGUUGCUGAAUACCAAACAGUAAUGAACGGCAUCACACGCGCGACGCAGCGCCGCUUGACGAAGAGCAGCAGCAACGAUUCUGAGCUGAGCAGCCAGGGUGGCCUGUCCGCUGGCACGUCCACCACGUCUACUCCGGGUGAUGUAGCAACCCUGAACGAUAGCGACGCGGCCUUUGCUCCGUCGUGGACCAGCGAAUGUGAGAUUUACCCCGGCAUCUAG